UUUUUCUUUUUGAGUUUCGCAGCUCCAUAUCAAGUUCUCUAUUAAACGGAGACAAUACUAACCCGAGGAUUUUCUUUGUACCGAGACAUCAAAUAUGGAGGAGUUUGUAUCGACAGUGAAAACUCUCACAGAUAACCAGCAGCCAGAUGUCGACGAGGCCAUAGAGAAACUCUUCUUUGAAGUGUCUGAAUUAGAUGCUCUGCCUAAAAUACCACAAACACAGCUGGAGGACUGUGCCGUCCAGUUGUGGAACUGGUCUGUCACCAAGAACGCUGGUGGUGCUCUAAGUAAAGUUCAAAAAGCCAAAGUUCGUCAUGUGGCAUGCACCUUGCUCUACUGCUGUGAACCCGAGAAUCCAACAGAGGGCGCCAUCCGCAAGCAGAUCCUGAUGGCCGGCAAAACGGGGAGAACCUGGCUGGACUGCAAAAAUCCCCAGAUGGCAGAUCAUUUCUUGGGGCUUGCUGUCAAGAGCCUGGAAACCCUCUACAAACAGCUGAUGUCCAGAGGCGACGCAGCAGCUGACGUUUCCUCAUCCAAGGCGGAUGUGGAGAAGGACCUACUCCGAAUCCUGUCAUGCCAGGCAGAGUCGGCCGUGUCCCAGGGGAAGAACGAAGAAGCCAUGGUCUGCGUGCAGCGUUGCAAAGACAUGUUACAGCGGCUGCCCAAAGAUACGGCAUACCUCUCCCUCAUGUGCUACAACUUUGGUGUAGAAACCUAUAAUCUGAAGAGGUUUGAGGAAAGUACCUGCUGGUUGAGCCAAAGCUAUGACAUCGGCAAAACAAACCCGAAAUACGGCCCUGGACCAGAGGCUCUGGCCAAGGAUUUGCGGCUCCUUGCCACAGUUUAUUUAGAGUGGGACUGCCAGAGGUUUCAGGAGAGAGCUCUGAAUGCCGUCACCUUAGCCAACAAGGUGCAUGCGAGUACGUCCGGGCUUUAUUUAAAGCUAAGAAUCCUCCUGAGGUCCGGGGCCCCAGACAGUCACGUCAGAGCAGGACUUGAUGAGACGCUGGAAUCACAGGCUCCUCUUCAGGCCUGUCUGAGCGCCGUGAAGCUGCUCAUGUCUGAAGACAGAGAAACGCUGGCGUUUGACUAUCUGAAGCGCGCGUGUCAGCACUUCGGCUCGUCCCCGGACCUGGGAGCUGCUCUGGUGUUGCACGUGGAGCUGCUGCUGCAGAGAGGCAAAGAGCUGCUGGGCAAACAGAAGAUAGAGGACAUCAUCACUGGGCACUACACGGGUAAACAGCUCGCUCCAGACGCACUGGCCACUCUGCAUGUGUUGCUGUGGGAUCAGGCCUCUAAGCACUUUGAGGCUGGUGACUAUUCUGAGGCUCUUCAGUGGUAUAACUACUCCUUGAGUUUCUUCAAGGCAGGUCAGAUGGAGCCCAACCUAGCCAAACUGCAGAGGAACAGAGCGUCAUGCUUUCUGCGACUCCAGCAGCUAGAAAAGGCUAAAGAAGCCGUUAAGGAAGCGCAGAGGUGUGAUCCUGAAAGCGUCUUCACUCGGUUCAGCGUUUACAAGGUUGCCGUUCUGGAGAACGACGUGGAGACAGCUGCAGAGGCGCUGAACGCGAUGGGACGCCUGUCCAAGACUUCUGCAUCCAGCGAUGGUGGACUGCUGGUAGCUGAGAGCACAGCUUCUUAUCUUCUCAGUCUGGCUGCUCAGAUUGCUUUGGAGAACGGAGCUCAGGAAACGGCGAUGAAAGCUCUGGAGGUUCUGUGUGCGAACUCCGACGAUGAAGUUCAUGUUCUGAUGGGUCUCAGGUGUUUGGUCCGACUGGUGUUCUCCACAGCAGAGAAGUCAGCCGCUAAGUUGACGGACGUGAAUCUGGACGUCCUGCUGCCGUACCUGAGGCUGGCUCUGCAGAGGAUUUCACAUCAGACUCGUAUGACUGCCGAGCAGCGCGUCGACGACGCUAACUGGUUCAGAAAGAUCGCCUGGAACUCGGCUCUGCAGUGCGAGAGCAGCCCUGACAGCAUGAGGGACUUCUUUGUGCUGUCCUAUCAGUUCUCCCUGCUGUGCCCUCCUGACCGCACGCUGCUCAUGGCCCAGAGGACCUGUCUGCUGAUGGCAGCUGCUGCCUCUCUGGAGCUCUGCAGGAAGUCUCCUCACUCCUCCCAGGUGGAGGAGCUGACGCUGGCGCUGGAGCACAUUCAGGCCUGCUGGGAGGUUUGGAAAACCCUGAAGGCGUCAGGCAACUUUCCAACGGACCCGACAGACUCCCUGCUGCUGCUGUACGAGUUCGAGGCCCGAGCCAAGCUGAACGACCCGAAGGUGGAGACCAUCCUGGAGUCCGUCCUGGAGCUGGAGGACGUCGAGACCAAAGUGUUGGAAACCAUCGCAGCCUUAGCCAUGGAGCCUCCAGCCCACUUCCCCCAGCUGUGUAAGAAGGCCCUGAGAGCCGUGCUGUCGCUGCACAAGAAGCAGCCACAGGCCGACUGGACGCACUGCAGCAAGUGCAUUCACAGCCUGAUCAAGCUGUCCCUGCCGAGCGGCGUGUCACAAGUGGAGCCCCGCGUGCUGCAGGAGGUGUGGGACUACUUUGAGGAGGCUCUGUCCGUCGUCUCGGCCGCACCGGACGACUUCCCAGAGACGGAGACCCUGUGGCUGCUGACUCAGGCCUGGAACUUGGGGAUCCUGCUGUACAGCCUGGCCCAGUACCACGACGCCGAGAAGUGGUGCGGCCUCGCCAUGAGCUUCGUCCGCCACCUGGGGUCCCUAAGGGAGAGCUACGAGACGCAGAUGUCGGGACUGUACAGCGAGAUCCUGAGCAGCCUGGACAAAGCAAAGACCCGCACAGAAGAGUAGAUGUUGCUGCUGCCCCCCC